AUGCAAAAAAGGUACGCCUUCUGCGCCCUUUUGUUGGUUAUUUCUUCUUUGUUGGCUUCGGAAGAGGUCGAGGAAGAAGAUGAAGGUGGGUUUAUGAUGAAUUCACGGUCUUUUCUCACUCCGAUCUCAUUCUCUCCAAGUUUUAUAAGUGUUGUAUAGUGUAGAAACGAUCUUUAACACUCCUUGUAGUAUAUAUUUGUUACGCGGAGUGUUAAAGAUCGUUUUUACACUAUACAACAAUAAGAAAGCCUUAGAGUACGCAAUCCGUUUACAAUCCGAGCGGCUUUGCUAAUCUUUUUUGUCGGGAAGUCAAGAAUUAAAGAGAUCAGAUGUAAUCAUUUCUGGCUACACGAACUCGUGAUAAAGCUUUGCAAAAUCUUAUCAAAACAUUUGCAAAGUGCAGGUGAAGGGCACGAACAUCGAGGUUUACACUUGUUCCAGUAGAUCUCAGCUCUCUGAACUUAAUUCGAAGCGUUCUUCUCAAAUUGCUAUCGACGUUUAAAUGAGAAAAAAAAUGCGCUAAAAAAACAAGUGAAAAAAAAUCUUCAAGUGUUUUGUUCGAAAAAGUCAAAUUUGAGUAUAUUUUUCAAAUUUUCUUCUUGAGUGAAGACAGAGAUUCGUAAGACGUGCGAAACGCUAAAUUCUCACGAAAAAAACUUGAUCGACCCGCAAAUCUCAUUAUUGUCAAGCUGCCUGAAAGCAUGGAGGUUGCCUCAGGCUCUUGCACUUAUUUCCAGCCAUGUUUCGAAUUUUUUUUUUUCAAUUGCUUGUUUCAAUAAUCUGCAAUUGAAAACAAGAAAAUCUGAUUUGAAACGGGUUCUGUUUGCAAGGAACUGGAUGAAAAAUGGAAAAAAAUUUUUUUACUGAAACAGAACUAUAAAUUGAAUAUUCAGUUAUGGCAUGAGAUUCAUUGUGAAAAAAACUGAGAGAGUGCAGAAUUAACGCAAAAUAAUCCAUUUAAGGAAUUUUUCCGAAAUUGGAAGCCUGAAGCUUUCUUUGUGUUUGUAAUUCUCACUCAUCGAAAAUUGCGGACUUGAAAUACAGUAUGACACUCGGACGAGCUUUGUUGAUUUUUUUCCAAAGUGCCUUUUUUUCUAAUUUUUCUUAUUUCAACUCUUUAUGAUACAAAGGAAAGUUUUUGUCCUUAAUGUAUCACCUGAGGAUUUCGCAUUUGAAUUUUUCUAAGUGGCCAAAAUAUUUUAGCUGGAAAUUUAUUAUGGCGCAUUUUUUCAUGACUUUUGGUUUAGUCAGUUUUUAAAGCUCAAUUUCAAGUUUGGCCUUUGAAGGGAAUAGAUCUGAUUGCUGAAAAACUUUUUUUAAAUUGGUUUGCUGUGAUCUUUGUGAAUAAUUGGGAAAUUGGGAAUUUCAAACAAAACGAUAAUUAUUCAAACUCCGAAACUUUUAAGAAACGGAAUAAAGCUGAAAUGUUUCAGAGAAGCCGCACGUUGCAUGGGUUCCUAUUGUCAAACGCGACAAGAACAUUUCCGCCGCCAUCGGCGAGUCUCUGACGGAAGUCGAGGAAGAAAAGCUUGAGCGCAUUGGAAAAAUGUUAGCGGUACGUUUUCCUCUUCCUUCUCUUUUCAAAUUGAUUCUGAAUGAAUAAAGCUUAUAAAAUUCGGAAUUAUAGUUCUUUUGGCUUUUUUUUCUUUUUAUUGUAACUAAAGUUUUUUUUGUUUCAGGAAUCGUAUGACAAAAUGGACCGCGACGCCAACGAAGGCGAAACCAAAAUAAAAGAGAAAAUCAUCGGAAAAGCUACCAAUGCCUCACCUGUCCAUUUUGUAUCAUUUUUCUCUGUUUUCAGUUGUAUCUUGCCAUUUAUGCGCUGA